UGUUGUCGUCUCUUUGUCGCCCCUGCUGUCGGAUGUGAGCUGUUGAGUGUGUGUUUUCUCUCUCAUGGAGGAUUUUCAGGAACUAACAGGAAAGCAGGAUCAGCGGUGAGCGUCACGCGUGUUGAGGGGGGCCGCGGCGCGUCUUCUCCGGUGUGAAUCUCCGCGAUGGCCGCUGUGGGUCCCGCGUCUCCCCCGCCGCCGCCGCUCUGGAUGCACCGGGAUCUGAGCCGCGCGGCGGCGGAGGAGCUGCUGGCUCGAGCCGGGCGGGACGGGAGUUUCCUGGUGCGGGACAGCGAGAGCGUCAGCGGCGCGUACGCCCUAUGCGUGCUGUUUCAGAAACAUGUUCACACAUACAGGAUCCUUCCUGACGAGGAGAACUUCCUGGCCGUGCAGACGUCUCAGGGAGUUCAGCCCAAGCGCUUUAAGACUCUCCCGGAGCUGAUUCAGUUGUAUUUGCAGCCCAGUCAAGGUCUGGUGACCACACUGCUGUUUCCAGUGGAGAGAGAGGAAACCACAGAGGACAGAGAUUACUCUGAUGGUGAAGAUGAGAAGCCCCCCCUCCCUCCACGCACCGCCUCCACCAGCAGCAUGACAGGCUCCGCCCUUGUCAGCACAGACACACCUCCUGAGAAUUUGACGGCGGCGAAUGGUCUGAGCACCAUCUCUCAUGAGUACCUGAAGGGCAGCUACGCUCUGGACCUGGAGGCGGUCAAACAGGGAGCAAACAGCCUGCCACACCUGAACAAGACCCUGCUGUCCUCCUGCAAACGCCUGCAUGGCGAGGUGGACAAGGUUCUCUGUGGUCUGGAGAUUCUCUCCAAGGUCUUCGAUCAGCAAAGCGCCUCCAUGGUGUCCAGGAUGAUCCAGCAGUCCAUGUCUCAGGGUGGAGAUCAAGAGCUGGAGCAUCUGGUCACUAAACUGGCCAUCCUUAAAGAUCUGCUGUCGUCUAUAGAGAAGAAGGCUCUGAAGGCUCUUCAGGACAUGAGCUCCUCCACUCCGGCCAUCUCGCCGCUGCUCUCCAUCAGAAACAAAGUCAUUCCUGUGCAAACCUUCGAGGUGAAACUGGACGUGUAUCUGGCUGACUUGACGAAGAUCGGCAAGAGUCAGAAGUAUUCUCUGAGUGUGGACGUGGAGGGAGGAAAACUGGUGGUGAUGAAGAAAAUGAAGGACGCGCAGGAAGACUGGAACACGUUCACACACGACAAGAUUCGGCAGCUGAUAAAGUCUCAGCGUGUGCAGAAUAAACUCGGAAUCGUCUUUGAAAAGGAAAAAGACAAAAGCCAGAGGAAAGAUUUCAUCUUUGCCAGUGCAAAGAAAAGGGAAGCGUUCUGCCAACUGCUGCAGCUCAUGAAGAACAAACAUUCCAAUCAGGACGAGCCGGACAUGAUCUCCAUCUUCAUUGGCACGUGGAACAUGGGCAGUGUUCCUGCUCCUAAACCUCUGGGCUCCUGGAUCUUUUCUCGGGGAUUGGGAAAGACUCUAGAUGAGAUGGCGGUCACCAUCCCUCAUGACAUCUAUGUGUUCGGUACGCAGGAGAACUCAGUGUGUGAUAAAGAAUGGGUGGAAACGCUGCGUUGCUCGCUCAAAGAGUACACCGAGAUGGAGUACAAACCGAUCGCAGUGCAGACGCUCUGGAACAUUAAGAUCGUGGUGUUGGUGAAGGCGGAGCACGAGAACCGCAUCAGUCAUGUGGGAAUGUCCAGCGUCAAAACGGGAAUCGCCAACACACUCGGAAACAAAGGUGCAGUGGGCGUGUCCUUCAUGUUUAAUGGCACCUCAUUUGGAUUCGUAAAUUGUCACCUGACGUCCGGCAAUGAGAAAAUCCACAGACGUAACCAGAAUUACCUGGACAUCCUGCGUCAGCUCUCUCUGGGCGAUAAACAGCUGAACUCCUUCGACAUUUCGCUCCGGUUCACCCACCUGUUCUGGUUUGGUGACCUCAACUACCGGCUGGACAUGGACAUACAGGAAAUCCUCAACUACAUCAACAGGAAGGAGUUCGAGCCGCUGCUGAAGGUGGACCAGCUCAACCUGGAGAGAGAGAAGAACAAGAUCUUCCUGCGCUUCGCGGAGGAGGAGAUCUCGUAUCCCCCAACGUACCGUUACGAGCGCGGCUCUCGAGACACUUAUGUCUGGCAGAAGCAGAAGGCCACUGGGAUGCGGACCAACGUUCCUUCAUGGUGCGACAGAAUCCUGUGGAAGUCAUAUCCAGAGACACACAUCGUCUGCAACUCCUACGGCUGUACGGAUGAUAUCGUGACGAGUGAUCACUCUCCAGUGUUCGGCACGUUUGAGGUCGGCGUCACGUCUCAGUUCGUCUCUAAGAAAGGUCUGCCCAAGUCUUCAGAGCAGGCCUACAUCGAGUUCGAGAACAUCGAGGCCAUCGUGAAGACCGCCAGCAGAACCAAAUUCUUCAUCGAGUUUUACUCCACGUGUCUGGAGGAGUUCAAGAAGAGCUAUGAGAACGACACUCAGAGCAGUGAUAAUGUGAAUUUCCUGCGCGUGGGCUGGUCCUCCAAGCAGCUGACCACACUGAAGCCCAUCCUGUCCGACAUCGAGUACCUGCAGGACCAGCACCUGCUGCUCACCGUCAAGUCCCUGGACGGAUACGAGUCCUACGGUGAGUGUGUUCUGGCUCUGAAGUCUAUGAUCGGCAGCACAGCGCAGCAGUUUCACACGUAUCUCUCUCACCGCGGCGAGGAAACCGGAAACAUCCGGGGCUCCAUGAGGGUCCGCGUGCCAUCAGAGCGCAUGGGCACCAGAGAGCGCCUCUACGAGUGGAUCAGUGUGGAUAAAGAUGACAUGGGCGGCCCAAAGGGCAGAACUCUUCCUCCUCGAUCAUCACAUGAUUACGUCAAACCGACCAGCAGCAGCAGCAGGAAACCCGGAUCAGCAGAACUCAGCAGAGUCACAGAGGAGGGAGAGAAGAGCAGCAUCAGCAGACACACACACACUAAAGAGGAGAACACGCACAACAGAGGCAAGCAGGAUCCAUUUGAGAGCGACGCCACAACGUGCAAAAACAGCUUCAAUAACCCCGCCUACUACAUUCUAGAAGGCGUCCCCAACCAAUCGGCUGCUCUGGCUUCUGAUAUGCUCCCAGGCUCCGCCCACCCUCCACUGGCCAAUAAGACGAUGGCUCCUCCUGCUGUCGGUGUGGGGAAGAGCAAACCUCCCAGCGGAAGCUCCGCCCAGGGCCGCUGGCAGACGUCUGGACGCUCGGUUCGACCAAUCAGUGAAGAGGGUUCAUCAGAGGAUGAUGGGAAUAUCGGACCCCACGCUGGCUCAUUGAACCGCCCCCCACCAGAUUUCCCCCCGCCGCCGCUGCCCAAAACUGCUGUGGAGAUGACAGAAAACUCAUUUGGGAAACCACGAAUAUUUUCAGAUCUUGCUGAUGUUAAAAUACCCCCGCUGUCCAAACCGUUGGCGUCUCCCGGCUUGACUCCGCCCCCAGGAGGAGCCCCAGGAGGAGGCGUGGCCUUCUGUAUAGAGUCUCCAUCUGUCUUGAGUCCAAACUCCACCCCUUUCCGAAGAGGGGGCGGGGCCUCAGCGCUGGAUGAUCAGUCAUGUUCGGUGCUCCAGAUGGCCAAAACGCUGAGUGAGGUGGAGUAUCCGUCCGGCAGGGAGCGCGGGGCCUCACAGGGGCCAACGGGGUCCCAGCUGAGGGGUCUGAGCUUUCCUUCACACUCCAUCCAGGAGGAGAGCAUCGCUGAGGACCUGCCAGAGGAGGGCGGUCUGUGGGGUGCUGAGAGCAGCAGCAGUAGUCUGUCAGUGGACUGCAGUGUUGGCGAGUGGCUCCAGAAACUCGGCCUUCAGCAUUAUGAGGAGGGACUACUGCAUAACGGCUGGGAUGACCUGGAGUUCCUCAGCGACAUCACCGAGGAGGAUUUGGAGGAGGCGGGCGUUCGUGACCCCGCCCACAAAAAGAUCCUAUUGGCCAGCCUGAAGCAGCAGCAGCAGAAGUGAGCCAAUCACGAUCCGGCCUCAGCAGCUGUGCCUUCCUGACAAAUUUUGCACUGGUGAAUCUGACCUGAGAACAGUUUUAAUUUAAUCAGAUGUAAUAAAGUUGGUCGUUUAUAGUUCAGCGUUUUAUUUAAACAAGUUUCACUACAGCCCCUUCCCUCAGCUUCCUGUUGUCAGGAGGAAGUGACAUCAUUAGAACAUUCCUCACCUCAUAAGGUGACUGAAGUGUUAACUAUUAAUAACUGCAUGCUAAGGAAAGGGAAAAAAAAGCCAAAUCAUUGUGACUUGAAGAUGAUCUCUGAUGAUUUGUGUGUAUUUUUGUGAGUUCAGUGUGUAAUUUGUAAGUAAAUUUACUGUCUGGUUGACAGGCGAAUAUCACAGGACUUUUAUUAUGACACACUCAACAAACAGCACAUAUAAGAGGACUUUUAUUAUGACAAACACUCAUAAUUCUGGAAAUAUGAGGACUUUUAUUUUGAUACUCAUCAGUGAGUGAAUAUGAAAGGACUUUUAUUUUGAUACUGCAGGUUAAACAACCUUAGGACUUUUAUUACCAGACACUCACAAGUCAGCAAAUACAAGAGAACUUUUAUUAUGAUACACUCAUUAGUGAAUAUGUAAAAAAAAAAAAAAAAUCAGAGGGCUUUUAUUACCACACUCAUCAGUCAACAAAUAUAAGAGGACUUUUAUUAUGACACUUUCAUGACUCAGCAACUAUAAGAGGACUUGUAUUAUGAUAAUCACUCUUCAGUCAGGAAUUAAGCGGACUUUUACGAUGAUACUCAUAUGAAAGGACUCAAUAUGACACUUCAGGAGACUAUCACAGGACUUUUAUCAUGACAUGCUUAUCAGUCAAAGAAUUUAAGAGGAAUAAAGACGUCACAGGUUAAAAAAAAUCAGGACUUUUAUUACAACACUGUCAGCAAAUAUGAGGACUUUUAUCGUGACAGCCAAUAGUGAAUUUGAAAAAGGACUUUUAUUAUAACACUGCAAGUGACUAUCAGAAGACUUUUAUUGUGACAUUAUCAGCGAAUUUAAGACUUAUGACACUGCAGGUAAAAAAAAAUCUGAUGGUUUUUACAAUUCCGAUGAGAGGACUCUUAUUAUGACAGUGUGGUCAACAGAUAAAUAUAUUUAUUAUAACAUGCCAAUCAGCUGUUUAAAAAAAUGAGGACUUUUAUUAGGGUCUUCUGAUAAUUCACAUGACUGUAUCUAAAUAAAAGUCCUCUAACGUUCACCUGUCAUAAUGAAAGGACUUUUAUUAUGCUGUCUGGUCAGCAGGUGAAUAUUGGAGGACUCUUAUUAUGAUAGUGUGAUCAGCAGGUGAAACAAUUUGUGGACGAUUAUUUUAACUCAAAUCAGCUGGUGAAAAAUCAGAGGACUUUUAUUUCCCUGCUGAUUGCGCGAAUAAAAUAAUAACACCUAACACCUGUCAUAAUAAGAGUCCUCUGAUAAUUCGCCUAUUGAUGAGAGUUAGAUCUUUUUUAAUCUGAUCAUUUUAUUGCUCAGUCUGUUUAGCAGGUGAAAAUCAGAGGACUCUUAUUAUGACAGUGUGUGGUCAGCAGGUGGCGCUGGAGUUUCAUGUUUAUUUGACUUUUAUUUCUGAGAGUUUCAGAUCAUUUUGGAUGAGUUUGUUUCCUCAUUUCACUUAUAAUCUGUUUUAUUUAACAGUGUCUUUAAUAUUGUUAUUAUUAUUAUGGGGUGUUUCUCCUGAAUGCAUGCGAAUGUUCCAGCAGAAUAUCUUUGUUUAAAUGUUAUUAGUUCCCCGUUCCCUCAUUUCUGUAUAAUCAUAAUCCUCUGAACAUUAAUAUCUGUUAUUGUAAGUUAAUAUUUGUGUUUAAUGGCUUUCUGUUCUUUUUUCAGUUUAAUAAAAUCUCAAAUCUAACAUGC